UUCUUGCUCGCCGGAUGAGAGGCGCCCAAUUGAAGCAGAAUGAUCCUCAUCUACUAAUAUCCAGCGUGGCCACAAAGCGACUGGCCAUUUACGCCGCCACUUUAAACAAAGAUAUUUGGUUAUUCCCGGGGAAGCAAGUGCACUUUUGCAUGGCUGAGCUUCGGGCGGAGGCGAGCCUCAGCCCAGCCUCCCGCCUGCUGGGCUGCUCGCGCCUUGGGAUUCGCCCCCUCCCGGCCAGCUGGUCCCGCCGGGGUUCAGGCUCAGUUCCGCCCGGCAACAGGCGGGCGGGUACUCACGACGCUCCUUGCCCGCGCCCUCCCUGAAGCAUCAGAGGGGAAAACAGCGUGGCCCUGGGCUCGGGUGCUGGGGCUGUGAUGUCCUCGGAAAGUCAGCUCCAGCCCCAGAACCCUGCGUGUCCGGGCGAUGGGCGAGGGUCGGGGACACCAGGGUUCGUCCCCAGACUCGCGAGCUCGUUUGGUGGCGACUGGGGCUCGGCGCCGCGAAGCCCGAUGUGGUCCGGAGGCAGUGGGAAGGCGCGGGGCUGGGAGGCCGCGGCGGGAGGGAGGAGCAGCCCCAGCAGGCUCAGCGCUUACGCCCCGCCUCUGGUGGCUGCCUAAAACCUGGCGCCGGGCUAAAACAAACGCGAGGCAGCCCCCGAGCCUCCACUCAAGCCAAUUAAGGCGGACUCGGUCCACUCGGUUACGUGUACAUCCAACAAGAUCGGCGUUAAGCCGCCGCCGAAUCAUGUCGAUGAGUCCAAAGCACACGACUCCGUUCUCAGUGUCUGACAUCUUGAGUCCCCUGGAGGAAAGCUACAAGAAAGUGGGCAUGGAGGGCGGCGGCCUCGGGGCUCCGCUGGCGGCUUACAGGCAGGGCCAGGCGGCUCCGCCGGCCGCGGCCAUGCAGCAGCACGCCGUGGGGCACCACGGCGCCGUCACGGCCGCCUACCACAUGACGGCGGCGGGGGUGCCCCAGCUCUCGCACUCCGCCGUGGGGGGCUACUGCAACGGCAACCUGGGCAACAUGAGCGAGCUGCCGCCGUACCAGGACACCAUGCGGAACAGCGCCUCGGGCCCCGGAUGGUACGGCGCCAACCCAGACCCGCGCUUCCCCGCCAUCUCCCGCUUCAUGGGCCCGGCGAGCGGCAUGAACAUGAGCGGCAUGGGCGGCCUGGGCUCGCUGGGGGACGUGAGCAAGAACAUGGCCCCGCUGCCAAGCGCACCACGCCGGAAGCGCCGGGUGCUCUUCUCCCAGGCUCAGGUGUACGAGCUGGAGCGACGCUUCAAGCAACAGAAGUACCUGUCGGCGCCCGAGCGGGAGCACCUGGCCAGCAUGAUCCACCUGACCCCCACGCAGGUCAAGAUCUGGUUCCAGAACCACCGCUACAAGAUGAAGCGCCAAGCCAAGGACAAGGCGGCACAACAGCAACUGCAGCAGGACAGCGGCGGCGGCGGCGGCGGCGGGGGCGGGGGCGCCGGGUGCCCGCAGCAGCAGCAAGCGCAGCAGCAGUCGCCGCGCCGCGUGGCCGUGCCGGUCCUGGUGAAAGACGGCAAACCCUGCCAGGCGGGCGCCCCGGCGCCGGGCGCCGGCAGCCUCCAGGGCCACGCGCAGCAGCAGGCGCAGCAGCAGGCGCAGGCGGCUCAGGCGGCCGCGGCGGCUAUCUCAGUGGGCAGCGGUGGCCCUGGCCUGGGUGCACACCCGGGCCACCAGCCGGGCAGCGCGGGCCAGUCUCCGGACCUGGCGCACCACGCCGCCAGCCCCGCGGCGCUUCAGGGCCAGGUGUCCAGCCUGUCCCACCUGAACUCCUCGGGCUCGGACUAUGGCGCCAUGUCCUGCUCCACCUUGCUAUACGGUCGGACCUGGUGAGAGGACACCGGGCCGGGCCGGGCCCAGCGCGCUGCCUCAUCGCUUUCCCUCCUGCCGGCCACACAUCACCAAACACCCGCCGCUCCCUGCGCUUCGACUUUUCUUAAGAAUCUGUCCCGUUUAGACCAAGGGAAAAAACACAAAAGCCAAACUGCUGGACGUCUUUUUCUUUUUCUUUUUCUUUUUUUUUCCUAAAAUUUGUGGGAUUUUUUUAAAAAAGAAAAUAAAAACAACCAAGUGAAUCCAAUUCUUUAAGGAGUCUUUAAACCGAGAAGGACAUAACGAAAAACAGCUUUUGGGGUGUCUGUUAGGUGAUUGAAAUGGGUUUCUCUCGCUCAGGCAGGGUGCAGUUUGGAGAGGGCUCUACAGUGACACAGCUCUGGACUCUAAAGAUCGCAAACUUCACUCUGGGUACACUGUGCCAGCAAGGUGGACUCGCUUGUAAAUACCAGGAUUUCUUUUGAAGGGGAGAUGGGGGCUGGGGAGAGGAAAGACUCUACGACAGGACCCGCAUGUCAUUGACACAAAGGAAAUGCCCCCUCCCAGCGCCCGCUGGCUGCCCAGGCUCAGCCCCGGGAAGAGCCCUGGCUAAAAUUGUUUUAUGUUUGAUGUGAACUUGUAGCUGUAAAACGCUGUCAAAAGUUGGACUACACGCCUAGUUUUUAGUAAUCUGUACAUUUUGUUGUAAAAAACAAAAAAACAAAAAAACAAAAACCCAGUCCCUGUCCCCAGCCCAUCAUAUUUUUUAUGGGCAUUGACAAAUCUGUGUAUAUUAUUUGGCAGUUUGGUAUUUGCAGCGUCAGUCUUUUUCUGUUGUAACUUAUGUAGAUAUCUGGCUUAAAUAUAGUUCCUAAGAAGCUUCUAAUAAAUUAUACAAAUUAAAAGGAUUCUUUUUCUGA